AUGGACUUUGGUACCGUUGCAAAAUACUCAGCACUCCAUGCUAAGCCUCCUGGGCUUUCCUCUCAAUAUGGAACGGCUGGAUUCCGUAGCAAGGCAGAGAACCUUGAUCAUACCAUGUUUCGCAUGGGCUUACUGGCAGUGUUGAGGUCCAAGAAGACACAAUCCACAAUUGGAGUAAUGGUUACAGCCUCCCACAACCCUGAAGAAGACAAUGGUGUGAAGUUGAUUGAUCCUUUGGGUGAAAUGUUGGCACCUUCCUGGGAAGAACAUGCAACAUGUUUGGCCAAUGCAGAAGAACCUGAACUGCUGACUGUGCUGUCUGAUAUUUGCCAGAAAGAAGCAUUGGACUCUCAGCACGAUGCCUUUGUUGUUAUUGGCAGAGACACUAGAUCUAGCAGCAAGAAGCUUUCUCAAUCAGUAAUUGAUGGUGUGACUGCCCUUGGAGGACAAUUCCGUGACUAUGGCUUAGUAACAACACCACAGCUACAUUACGUGGUCUGCUGUCGAAAUACUCAUGGGAACUAUGGGAGAGCCACAGUGGAAGGCUACUACCAAAAGCUGUCCAAGGCUUUCAUGGAGCUUAUGAAACAGGCUGCCACUCAAAGGGAUUGUCAUGUGUGCUUGAAGAUAGAUUGUGCCAAUGGUAUAGGGGCUCUGAAACUCAAAGAAAUGGAACGCUACCUUCCAGGAUGCCUUAGAAUACACAUAUUUAAUGAUGGAUUGAACGGGAAACUUAAUCACUUAUGUGGAGCUGAUUUUGUGAAAGAGCAUCAAAAACCUCCUGUGGGCCUGGAAAUGACUACCGGCGAGAGAUGCUGCUCAUUUGACGGUGAUGCUGACCGAAUAGUUUACUACUAUAAUGAUGCUGCUGGCCGUUUCCAUCUUCUGGAUGGAGAUAAGAUAGCAACCCUAAUUAGCACCUUCAUAAAAGAACUUCUGGUGAAGACUGGGCAAACGUUAACAUUGGCAGUAAUACAAACAGCAUAUGCCAACGGGAGUUCCACGCGUUACUUGGAAGAAACCAUUAAGGGACCUGUCCAGUGUGCCAAAACUGGAGUGAAGCAUUUGCAUCACAAGGCCAAGGAGUUCGAUGUUGGCGUUUACUUUGAAGCAAACGGUCAUGGCACUGUAUUAUUCAGUAAAACUGCAGAAAUGAAAAUAAGACAUCAGGCAGAAAAUGAAAAAGACAACCGAAAAAGGGAAGCUGCAAAGAUCCUUGAAAAUACUAUUGAUUUGAUAAAUCAGACAGUUGGAGAUGCCAUCUCAGACAUGCUAGUGAUUGAAGCCAUCUUGGCUUUGAAGAACCUAACCGUACAACAGUGGGAUGCCAUGUACACGGAUCGUCCGAACAGGCAGCUCAAAGUGAAGGUUGCUGACAGACGAGUGAUUGACACUACGGAUGCCGAAAGACGGGCAGUCACACCCCCAGGACUGCAAGAGAAAAUCGAUGCCCUCGUGAAGAAGACUACAUGGGCUCGAGCUUUCGUUCGCCCCUCCGGAACAGAAGAUGUGGUCAGAGUCUAUGCUGAAGCAGACACUCAGGAGAAUGCUGAUAACCUUGCACAUGAAGUCAGCCUGGCUGUUUAUUGUUUAGCUGGGGGAGUUGGAGAAGAACCCAAGCCUGUAGUUUGAAGGCACCACUGUUCUUCCUGAUGGAU